GCUGUACUCUCGGCAGUGUGGGGACUAGGGGUAGAAGGGCCCUCGGGCCCUGUGCUAGGAGUGCCGGAGGAGCGCGGUGGGAGGGACAACUGGGGUGACACGCCUGGACCUGCGCGGGGAGAUGGGGCCUGCACUGGGUGGGGCGGAAGCUCUGGACCGGCCACUUGCCUGCUCAGCUACCGUGCACUCCACGUAGAUCCACUGUGUAGGCCGUGUUUUCUGUGCAGUGGCCUCUACACUGACCGUCAGACAAAGGGCAUGUGGUAUGGGACCUGCGGUGGUCAUUUCAGCAGACUCAACACCAUGAACAAGCGAUGUAAGCAUUAGUGCAUCCGAUACCUACAUUUACCACUUAACGUGCAAUUGUUACUCCAUUUCAAGCUGGAGGAAGCUAAGAGGAAGCAAUUUACCAUUGGGGUGGAAUUAAGGUCUGUACAGUGUCACAUCACAAGCUUUGGCGCUUAAAGAGUCAAUGAACGUGCCCUCAGCUCAAGAGAUGGCUGCCCAGUGUGUGAUGAAGGUGGAGCUGAAUAUUUCCUGUGACAAUCUUCUGGAUAAAGACAUAGGGUCAAAGUCUGACCCAUUAUGCGUGUUAUUUUUGAAUACAAGUGGUCAGCAGUGGUAUGAGGUUGAGCGCACGGAAAGGAUUAAGAAUUGCUUGAAUCCCGCAUUUUCCAAGACAUUUAUUAUUGAUUACUACUUUGAAGUGGUUCAGAAACUGAAAUUUGGGAUUUAUGACAUUGAUAACAAAACAAUCGAACUGAAUGAUGAUGACUUCUUAGGAGAAUGUGAAUGUACCCUUGGACAAAUUGUUUCCAGUAAGAAGCUGACUCGACCACUGGUGCUUAAAAGUGGCAGACCUGCGGGUAAAGGCAGCAUCACGAUUUCAGCAGAAGAAAUAAAGGAUAACAGAGUGGUCUUGUUUGAAAUGGAAGCGAGAAAACUGGACAAUAAGGAUCUAUUUGGAAAGUCAGAUCCAUACCUGGAAUUCCACAAGCAGACAUCUGAUGGAAACUGGCUCAUGAUUCAUCGAACAGAGGUUAUUAAAAACAACUUGAAUCCUGUUUGGAGGCCUUUUAAAAUCUCUCUUAACUCACUGUGCUAUGGAGAUAUGGAUAAAACUAUUAAGGUAGAGUGCUAUGAUUAUGAUAAUGAUGGGUCACAUGAUCUCAUUGGAACAUUUCAAACCACCAUGACCAAACUGAAAGAAGCCUCCAGGAACUCACCUAUUGAAUUUGAAUGCAUAAAUGAAAAAAAGAGACAGAAGAAAAAGAGCUACAAGAAUUCAGGUGUCAUCAGUGUGAAGCAGUGUGAGAUUACAGUGGAAUGCACAUUCCUUGACUAUAUUAUGGGAGGAUGUCAGCUGAAUUUUACUGUGGGGGUAGACUUCACUGGCUCCAAUGGUGACCCAGGGUCUCCUGACUCCCUUCAUUACAUCAGCCCCAGUGGUGUGAAUGAGUACUUGACCGCUAUCUGGUCUGUGGGACUGGUCAUUCAAGAUUAUGAUGCUGAUAAGAUGUUUCCAGCUUUUGGCUUUGGAGCCCAAAUACCUCCUCAGUGGCAGGUUUCGCAUGAAUUUCCCAUGAACUUUAAUCCAUCCAACCCCUACUGUAAUGGGAUCCAAGGCAUCGUGGAGACUUACCGGGCAUGCCUUCCUCAGAUAAAACUCUAUGGACCCACAAAUUUCUCCCCAAUCAUCAACCACGUGGCCAGGUUUGCUGCUGCAGCUACACAGCAGCAGACAGCUUCACAAUAUUUUGUGCUCCUGAUCAUCACGGAUGGUGUGAUCACAGACCUGGAUGAGACCAGGCAAGCUAUCGUCAAUGCUGCCAAGCUGCCCAUGUCCAUCAUCAUCGUAGGAGUGGGCAGCGCUGACUUCAGUGCCAUGGAGUUUUUGGAUGGUGACAGUGGGAGUCUGCGUUCUCCAUCAGGCGAGGCUGCCAUCAGAGACAUUGUCCAGUUUGUGCCUUUCAGACAGUUCCAGAGCGCUCCCAAAGAGGCUCUGGCUCAAUGUGUCUUGGCGGAGAUCCCCCAGCAGGUGGUGGGCUACUUCAGCACAUACAAGCUCCUUCCUCCCAAGAACCCUGCUACUGCCACUAAGUGAAAUCUCUCCUGCCUCCCCCGAUUAUGGACAUGAUGUCACAUACUUUCAAACCAUCAUUUAGGAUGUGAACCUAGUUCUCUAUGUAUUCUAUUUACUUAAAGCAUUCUUUUAAUUCUUUUUUUGGAGGAAAAGUGCUAAUUUAAUAUUUGCCCAAUCAAUUCAGUGGUUGCUUGUGAUUUCUAGUAAUUACAGUCAGGCUGUAUGGAUUAGACACUCAUGUGAGAAAAGCCAAUUUUGUUGUUAUAAUUGUUUACUUUCAUAGGGUGAAAAUGCCAUUUUGAAUGUUUGUCAAUAGAAAAAAUGAAAACCUGUUGGGAUGGUACAGUCUCAGGUUGCUAUGCUUUGUGUUUCACAAGACCAUGUCCAUCAUGGUGCCAAGACUUCUCAAAGGAGAUGACACUGGAUUUGUUCCUGUAACAGUUCAGUGCUUUUCCAGAGGCUACAAGUGCCCCUGCCUGUACCUGAGUUUGUGGCAGGGUAGACAUGGUCCAGUUCAUGGUCUAGUUCACAGUGCAGCAGCAGCCACCAGGACUUUCUGCAGAGUGCUGAAUGACAAGGCACACAUCUGGUCUUUAUAACACAGUCAGCGACCUCAUUCUCAUAUAAGUAGCCAUCCAUGUUUGCCGCUCAGUCCUUUUGAUGUAUGCAUAACACUGUCCAUGAGGUCCAUGAGCUCAGGGUCUGCACCUGCAGGCAAUAGCUUGUCCUAGAAUCUCCAUUACUAGAGCAUUUUCACUGGUUUGUUUUUUAAUGGCUAAGAUUGUUUUGUCCAGGAAAACUAUGAGGACUAAACCAGAAUUCUAUUUCCUUUUCACUUAAGAAAGACUAUGCUUAUUAAGAAAGGACAGUUUUAUACUUUGCUUGCUGAGGUCCCAUAUGUUGGUUUGUAUAUAAUCAUUUAGAUAUUUUCUCCUUUUUUUAAGUAACAUUUUUAAUCUAAUUUUUAAACUCAUGAUAAUGGUUAUUAAUGAAUCAAAAUUAUACUUUCCAUUUUAAUAAUGUGCUAUUUCCUAAGCCCGGAAUGUACUAUAUUAAGCAUAAAACCUGCCAUGACCAGUGUGGCUCAGUUGGAACAUCGUCCCAUAAACUGAAAGGUUGCUGAUUCCAUUUCUGGUCAGGGCACAUGUUUGGGUUGUGGGUUCGGUUCCCAGGUGGGGCAUGUGCAAGAGAAAAU